UCUGGGUGCAUGGUAAUUGGCCGAUUAUCCCUGCCCAUCUAGUGCCCAGGCGGAGGAGAGGGGGGAGGCAGAUAGCCGGUCUUCCUACGGCCCAUAUAAAUGGGUGCGCCUGGCAGAUGUGAACUGCCGAAGAGAUCUUUGUUGAAUGUCUAAAGAACCUGCAAGAAUUUCCCAGUCAUGUCACAAAUGCUACACAUAGAAAUUCCCAAUUUUGGGAACACCGUGCUGGGAUGCCUGAAUGAGCAAAGGCUCAUGGGACUUUACUGUGAUGUAUCCAUACUGGUGAAGGGGCAAGCCUUCAAGGCUCACCGCGCAGUCCUGGCCGCCAGUAGUUUGUACUUCAGAGAUUUAUUUAGCGGGAACAGCAAAAGCGCCUUUGAGCUGCCAUCCACUGUCCCCCCAGCAUGUUUUCAGCAAAUCCUUUCAUUUUGUUACACUGGAAAACUGACCAUGGCGGCGAGCGAACAGCUCGUGGUCAUGUACACGGCAGGAUUCCUUCAAAUCCAGCACAUCGUAGAGAGAGGUACAGACCUGAUGUUCAAAGUGAGCUCGCCGCAUUGUGAUUCUCAGACUACCAUGAUCGAAGAUACCAGUUCUGAGCCACAAAGUCCCUGCAACCAGACCCAGGCUGCUUCGGUGCCCUGCGUCAUGUCCCCUGCUAUGCCCAUACCUCUUUUAACCCGGGUGAAAAACGAGAGUCUGGAGCUACAGCCAGUAGCCGUCCCCAACGUGCAGAUCAAGAGGUCGGUGGAUGCUCACAAUAGAGACAGCACAGGAGGGUCCAUGUCCACCCCGGUUCCACCAAAACUGUCCCGUGUACCCUACUACGGAAUGUCUAGUUUGGCCGCCCUCUUCCCCAAUGUUCAACAAGUUCCGUACACUCAGGGGGAGCGGACAAGCCCCGGUGCAAGCAGUAUCCCCACCACUGACAGCCCUACUUCAUACCACAAUGAAGAGGAUGAGGAAGAUGAUGAAGCGUAUGACACAAUGGUAGAAGACCAUUAUGGACAGAUGUAUAUCAAGUCUACAGGGGGUUAUUCAGUUGGCCAGGAUAAGGGCGAUCAGAUACAAGGCUCCUUGGAAAACCGUUCCUGCGUUCUGAUUCGACGUGACUUGGUUGCACUCCCUGCCAGCCUCAUAAGUCAGAUCGGGUACCGCUGCCAUCCCAAACUUUAUUCCGAAGGCGAUCCUGGAGAAAAAUUGGAACUUGUCGCAGGCUCUGGUGUUUACAUCACCCGCGGCCAGUUGAUGAAUUGUCACCUCUGCGCAGGUGUAAAGCACAAGGUCCUGUUAAGACGCCUGCUGGCCACUUUCUUCGAUCGGAAUACACUUGCCAAUAGCUGUGGUACUGGCAUUCGGUCGUCAACCAGUGAUCCCAGCCGGAAGCCUUUGGAUAGCAGGGUUCUUAACGCUGUCAAACUGUAUUGUCAGAAUUUUGCCCCGAAUUUUAAGGAGAGUGAAAUGAACGUCAUUGCUGCAGACAUGUGCACUAACGCCCGCAGGGUACGCAAGCGCUGGCUCCCCAAAAUCAAGUCUAUGUUACCUGAAGGUGUGGAGAUGUAUCGCUCUGUAAUGGGGUCAACAACCGCAGGCAUUCCCUUAGAGACAGAUUUCCAGGCAAGCCCGGCGCAAGCAUUCGAGCAAAGAAUCUAUGCAGAGCGGAGAAGUGAUCCUAGCGCCAUUGUGUCACUAAGAACUAACACAGCAAAUAUUGACCUCACCAAUGGGUCCAACCCUCCAUUUGAACAGAGCCAAGAAGAAGGUACAACGGGAUCUGUCAUCCAAGAGGUAGGUGGCACAGAUCCCUUGGCGGUGGAUACCCAGAGCACGCCUCCACCACCUUUUGAACAGGAGUCUGGCUCCACCAGCAGGCCAGAGACACCGGCGAGGAGGCAAGACUCAACUUAUGGAGGAACUUUAUAAAGAAAGAAGUUAGAACCGUCAUGACCUAAAAGGGAUGUGUAGAGUCGAAGCUGCUUGCAUGCAUUACUAAUUAAAAAAAAUGUGAUCAGCUACUUACCUACAGAACUGCUACUGUUGCCUGAAAAAAAUGUGAUUUUUAUUCUGCUUGUAUUUAAAAAAACAAAACAAAAUAUGAAGGAAAUAAUCGCAUUCAUUAUACUGUAAAUGAUUAGGUCAAGAAGUUGACCUAUUUAGGAAACAACAACAAAAAACGGGCUCCUUUUUAAUAGAACAGAAUUAACUCUAUGAAAAGAAAAAAAGACCGCUUUCCCAUAUUUUUCUCUUUCGAUCAGUUUGAUCUACUUAUCACUUGCAAGCACGUUUUAAAGAAAAAAAAACAAAAAACUUUGGUAUUGCUCAUGAAUCGAAUACAUGGAGAAAAAGUAAAAAAAAAACAAAAAAAACUUUAUGAUCACAUCAGAUGUGAGGAAUGACUACAAUGUUCCUGGGCCAUAUUAAAAGUCAACUGUUAGGGUUACGUUGGGACUUCUGAGAAUGAGAGCGAGGUGCCAUAAAGCAACGUUGUUCGCAACAAUUUAUCCAACACUAAAAUAGUCGGAAAAACAGGGCAUACUUUAUUUCUCUGUUUUCAUUGGAUAGAUAGCUUCGGAAUUUGCUACAUAACGAAGAGUCUCCUAUACUUCAUUGGGGGAAGUACAGUUUUAGUUUUUUUAUUUUAAUGAAGGUUCUAUAUCAUUUUGAGGAGAGAGUGAAAGUUUUCUUUAGCCGUUUGUGUUUUGUUUUGUUUCUAGAUGAGAAGCAAGAAAACGUUCUAUAAAAUUCUUCAUUCUAUCUGGUUUGGUGGGCUAUGCCUAAUGAAACCUAACUAGUCUUGUUUGGCAAAUGCUAAAAAAAAAUUUGUCCAGAUAAUCUAAUGAUUUACAUGUACUUGAAGGCAGAUGGUGAUUUUGAAACAUUAAUGUCAUGUUAAGUUUUUAU